GCCGCCAUGUCUGGGGAUUCAAGCCUGGUGGGCUGCUUGGUUGAACGGCUCUCUAGCAGGCUACCGCACGUCACCGGAACGAGCAGCCCAAAUCCCCUGGAGGAUGAAGUGCUGCAUAUCACGAGGUCGACCCUCGUUGACCUCAGCAAGGCGUCCAUCGACACGACCCUCGAGUCCCUGGUGGCAUUGCUCGAAGAUCUCGCGCGUCCCUACCAUGUCGUCUCGGAACACCCAAGUCUGGUCUUGUCGUCGGAGCUCUUCGUGCUGAGCCUUGCAGCAGACUGCUGCUCUGCCCAUUGGGCCGCACAGCCCAAUUCUCGCAGCAGUGGCACAGCUUUGCCGUCUGCUACGCUGGGCGAGAGGCUUGUUGUCCGGACCUUCGACGCGCUCAAGGAUCUGCUGGAACCGAUAUCCGAAAAUUAUAUGCUCUCGGCGCAAGCUCUCCUGGAUCAAAGCCCCGAGCCUGGUGCCAGUGUGGCUUUCUCGGCCAGUGGAACGCCACAAGAUACCCUUUACGAUGCAGCCGACACCAAAACCUCCCUUACUUCGUACUUGAAAGAGGUCGAAGCUCACGUCAAAGUGCUCGUGGGAUAUGUCACAGCGUCCAGCUGGUCCCAUUCAUUUAGCUACCUUAAAAGUGUUAUAUACAGUGUCCGCGUUGCGGCGGCGGCAGAUAUAGGCCCAGAAUCCGGGAGCAAUCAAGAGUCGGAGAGAGGCUCGCUCAUCAUUGUGCAGCUUGUCUCCUCUUUCUGGGUUGAUAGUGCCAGGCUUGGCUCCAUCAUUCAGGAGUUUUGUUCGAGCUAUCUUCACUUUCGAAAGUCAUAUCAAAAUGCUGUCGCUGCUGCCAUACCAUUAUUAAUAUCUCGAUGGAUUGAUCGGUAUCCGCAAGAAUUCACACACCUCCACCGCCUCCAUAGGCGGCUUGAUGGAGGCGCAGACACUCUUUUUGAUAUGACACAAACCGUGACUGACGCUAGACGCAAAAUGCUUCUCUUUCCUCUUCAGACGACUCUCCUUUUCCUUAUGCCCGAUGUUUUCGAGGUUGCUAGUAACAUGAGAGAGGUCAGGGGCGGCAACAUCAUGAAGAAAGUCUCGUUUCUCGAUGGAUUGCGUAAAGCUAUGAAGAAUGGAAAUGAGCAAGCAGGAUACUGCGUCAUCUCUUUGCUCCGCGCUGCUCGCCAUUUCAAUGCAGAGAGCGACUCUGCCCUUGUCAGUUAUGCAAUGGAUGUGCAGGAUGAGGUGCGGGAUGCUGUCUUUCGCCAUUCUGCUACAAACUCGCUCUCAGCCCAGUUUGACCACAAUAUGAUCACUGCUGCUUUCAUUACUUUGGCACAUCUAAACUUGGACGUGUGCAUUGACACUGUCCUCGAUACGUGUAUCUCACCUUCAUCGCCAUAUAGGUUCAAAGUUGCAGUCAUACAAGCAUGUUGUCAUCUUGCGAACCUACCAGACUCUUCCAAGUACAAUGAACUAUUCAACGAUGCACUUCCCUUCAUUCAAUCACAGUUAAAGGCUUGUGUUGCUACUCAAUGGGACUCGGCAGCUAUUCUCAGUAACGAGGUCAUAAACAUAGCACGCAGCAUCCUCAAGUUCCUAGGCGCUCUGCCUACACCAUUGAUAAAUGAACUGACUCGCCAAUCCCCGACAAUUGAUACUCUGGGGCCAUUUAUAUUCACUGUAAUAUCAUCCAACAAGACCAUCUGCCAGACAGCAACCGAGGUUGCUGAGCGGCUCUUCGCAGAACACCCAGAUGCUAUCAAGGCAUUUAAUGAGCACAGUCAUGGCGAAAUAGUUGAACUGCGGGAAACAUUCUGGACUCGAAGCUCCAAGGUCAUAUUAGAAUUAUGUGAACGAAUGGUUCACCCUAGGCUUCCUGAACUGACGACACUGCAUGAUUACCUGAAAGCUCGUCUUACCAUAUUGAAGAAUAUACCGGAAUUGACUCGACUUCCUGACGAACUCCCUGAUAUGGUAGCCGCAUCGUCAAAAUUAGAGACUGUUCUCUUAGUAUCUCUUUGCUCCGCAGAUAUUGACGUUUGUCAGCUUGUGACGUCCUGCAUCGGCCUGUUUCUUGCAGAGUGUACUUGCAUCAGUGAAUUCACUGAGUCUGUCAAAUCAUCGGCUUCCGUUCUUCGUAACGGCGAUAUUUUCCGUGAGAUUGCUUCGCCAGCUUUCCGCUUUACGGGUCUGGUCGCUUUCCAAAAGCGUAUUCGAAAUCUCCUGCGCCGCAUACAGUUUCCGACAUUGGGCAUACUGAACGCUUGGGAAAUGGCAUUCGAUCGUUGGAUCUUUCUAGUCCAGAAGGUCUCUACACUCCAUCCGAAUUCUGUUGACGAUCGACUUCUAUCAGAGUGGCGAAACUUUUCAGGAUUUCUUGCGUCUCUUGGAGGGGCUUGUACCGCGGGCCAGGCCAAUGCCGCAGAGGAUCCUUCACUCCAAAAUCUGGCAUGGAUUGAUCGAUCCCCAGCUGAGCAAUCUGAAGAGUCCUCUCUUAAACGCUAUCUCAAGCUAGCUAUUCAGCUCCUAGCGUGUGCAAACGUCAGGGUUCGUGAAGCUAUGCGAGAGAUUUUAUCCAGCGAAGUGUCUCCUAUACUCUACCCUGCUUUAUUCAAAGCUCUCGAGUCAGAAUUGGAAGUGCUAUUUGCUGGUGUCCUCGCUCCGGCAGAUACAGCUCAAGAAACCGACAUCAUAUUUGCAGAGCAGGCUGCUUCUUUAUUAAAGACUUUGGUCGAAAGACUAGAAAUCCCUGCGGAUUUAACUGCUGCUUCGUCUGUUCAUUUGGGCCUUAUAACACUGAAUUUCGCCAAGUUCAUUGAUGGAAUUGCAGACACUGCAAAUACCCUGCGUGUUGAGAUUAGGGUUUGUCAGUUGUGCGAAACUGUGACAAAGCGGAAAGAGCAUUUGAACCUUCGUGAUGACGUGCAUAUUCGAAAUCAGGUCCUUGAGUACAUCAUAGGUUGGAUAGACCGACCGCGAUCGCCGCAAGUUGAUCAGACCGGUUUGGUUGGGAGACAAGAUGAUCUGAGCAGGGUUCAAAAGGACCUUGACAAAGCUUGUCUAAGAGCUCUCGCAAAUCUCACUUUCCGCCUCCCGCUACAGCCUGCUGACAGCCAAUCGGACGUUGGGAUGAGCGAGAUGAAGUCUCAGAUGUUCCAUACCUACUUCAAUCGAUUUCUUUCCCUUUUGAACCACGAAUCGGCCGAAGUGAGCAGAUCGGAUCUUGCUGCAACGCUUCCUGGUCGAGAUGAAGCCAUCUCUAACUCAGACUUAGCCAUUACUAUCCUUUCUAACCUACUGAGCGCGAAUAUUGAUGUCGGUUUGAAGCAUUCCAUCAAUAUCGGAUACCAUGAUAAUGUUGAGAUUCGAACCGCAUUUGUCAAAGUUCUAUUCAAUAUCCUCGUCCAGGGAACCGAAUUCAGUAAUUUGACAGACUCGGCUGUGAGCAAAAAAUACGAGGAAGUUCUAGAGUUGAUUACAAAAGAUUUAUCAUUUUCCACAUCAAUGAGCGCCAUCUGCCCAAGUACAGAAGUCGAUGAACUCACAAUCUCCCUUUUAACCGUAUUCGAGCAGAGAGGCCUUAUUUUCGAUCUUUUUGAGGCACUGAUCAGAGCUGAAAUAGAGCAAACCGAAAAUGAGGCAGAAAUUCUGCGGCGGAACUGUGUAGCAACCAAAAUGCUGUCUGUCUAUGCUAGAUGGAAAGGCUUUGCUUAUCUACAGGGGACCCUUCACAAAGUUCUUGAACGACUCAUGCUCACCUCACAAGAUUUAGAUCUGGAGCUUGAUCCCACCAGGGUUGGCACUCAAGAAGAACUAGAGAAGAACGCCCUUCAGCUUCAGAUUGUUGCCAAAGUUUUCAUGGACGAUAUUUGUGCUUCUGCUUCCAAUAUACCCCCAUCGUUCAGAAAAAUAUGCAGCAUAAUUUCCGAUGCAGUUUUGCACCGUUUUCCCAACGCCAAGUACACUGCCGUUGGCGCUUUCAUCUUCCUCCGGUUCUUCUGUCCUGCAAUUGUUGCUCCGGAGGUAGAAGGACUUGUAUCUACGCCGCCAUCCAAAGAAAUGCGCCGAGGGCUGCUUCUUAUCGCAAAGAUAAUCCAAAAUUUGGCCAACAAUGUUCUGUUUGGGACAAAGGAGCCCUAUAUGUUUCCACUUAAUCUCUUCCUGGUCCAAAACAUUCAUGUUGUGAUAGGAUUUUUGCGUGAAAUAUCGAUUCCACCAAGCCAAAUGGAGGUCACUGUCAACAAAAAGGCCAUUGAUUUCGGAUCUUGUGUGGCUCUACAUCGAUUCCUCUAUGACCAUUGGGACCAUCUUCGGCAAAUUCUCGUCUCCAGAGAUAGUAGAGAAUUUGUAAGAUCACCCGGAGAGCAUGCUCAUGGUCGGUCACCAGCCAUAGAGCCACUUCGCAAUCUCAUUUCAAAUCUUGGCCCACCGCCUUUGGCCAUAUCAUGGAACCGCCCUCAAAUUUCAACCAAUAGCCCGCCUUUGUAUUCACGAUUUCAGAAUUUCAUGCUUCGUAACGCUUUUCGAGGUACGGAGUCUUACUUGACAUCUCGUGCCGUGUACGAUGGUGGCGAGAGUAAAGAUGGACUUUCUAUUAUUUGCAUCAUUCUGCGACAUAUUGAAGCCGACAAUAUUGAUUACGACACAAUGCUUUAUUGCUUUCUAAAGAUUGCGAGCAGGCUCUGGCACGAACCUUUCGGCGUCUUCGUAGAUGCCACUUCUUACAAUGGACGGAACGACCCCCAAGACGAUUUUUUCAAAAUGCUAGAUCUUCUUACUCCCUCAGAACUCGCACUUAAUAUGACAAGAAUUUAUGUCUAUAACAUGAACAGUGCUUUCAGGAGAUGUUUCCGACACCUUUUGCGAGUAUCCACCAGGACCGACAACAGUGCUUUCCAUCCAAGAAACGUAGAGUAUCAUCUGAUAGGCAGCCUUCAGGAUCUUCAAGCCCAUUUUCAUCUCAGCCAACUCCAUCUUCCAAAGGAAACGAUAAGCGUUGUAACGGAUACACGUUACAUGUUUCAACCCAUCACAAGGCUUUCUAAGUCAAAAGGAAAGGUGGAGGUCGUUAUCAAGGUGGGAAGCCAGUUUGUUCAGGUAGCAACAACUAAGAAACAGGAGGUCUUGUCUGGCUUCCGUCUCAGUACUACUGUCAAUGACAUAUUCCGGCUUGGCGACGUAGAAGAAGCAACAACGUCACUGCAGUCAGAAGAUGACUCUUCCUUCGGACUUCGAGCAGAUGGGGGGAAAAUCGUGAUGUACUUCACCAGUCCAAAGAAAGCGGACGUGCUUCAGACCAUCCGCAGCGCCAAGAACAAGCAUGGAAAAGAGAAUCGCACCUAUAAGCCCUUUGAGAGACUAAUGCGUCCUCAAGACGUGCCCGGUACACUACUCAACCUGGCCUUUACUAACUUAUUAAGUUCUGAUCGCUCCCUGAGACUAGCAUCUUAUAAUUUGCUUGGAGCAUUGUGCAGAGCCUUCAAAUUUAGCGCAGAUGCCAGGCUGUCUUGUGCAAAGGACAUCUCUGUCCCCAUUGACCCCACGAAAUUUGUAGCUGAAAUUAGCAGCAUUUUAGCAGCUACACAGCCUCAGCUCACAUCUGACUUCUUAACCGAAUUUUUUGUCGGAUGGGAGAGCUUUCCCGAUGAACAAAAGCCACUCAGCUUGGCAUAUAUGUCACCGUGGCUUGCCGGUCUUCGAACAAAUGUUUUAACCAGUGAACAAGACAGUGAAAAGGGAAGGGAAAAGGUCGCUACACUGCUAAGAAAGCUCAUCGACCUCAUUGUUCUAGAUCAACACCUUUCUUAUGCUCUACAACAUUUUGUGCUGCCAUCAAUUACCACCGACGAGCUACUGCUGGACAUAUUUCUUGAUGAGCUCAUAAAAACCGCUUUGAGCUAUGGAGCUCAUGAAGACUCAUUAGACAUCAUCUCACCUGUCAUUGUUGGUAUUGGCACUGCCUCUAUCAGAGGAAAGAUAUUCUCUCGGCUUCGCAAAUCCCUCAACCGUUCGUCUUUGAGGCCAACGAGGUAUCUACAAGACAGCCCAGUAUGGGCAGAAAUCUGCGUCCUUUUGCAAUUUUGCGUUGCACUGUCGUUUGAUAGUGGUGUUCAGUCACGGCUAUUCUUACCUGAGAUCUUCCACAUCGUAACAAUGCUGGCAAACACAGGCGACAACAGCGUUCGCUCACUUGUAUAUAAGCUACUGGUCAACUCUAUCCAUUCAGUGUGUACGGCUUUCAACCUAGACGAGGCCAAACUCACAAAACUAAAGGCGGAUCUUGACCUUCUCUGCGAGCCUCGAGGAGAUGCGUUUUCUUUGACAUCUGCGACCAUGCGAGAUGGUGCUUCUGUAUCAACGGCACAUGACUCAAAUGCGACUUUGGCGGCCACGGAAAGCCUAACUGUCGUUUUAUUUGACAUAUGUUCGACAGCGGCACCUUCAGUUGACUUAGCCAAUAGCUGGAGGUCACGAUGGAUGAGCCUUGUUGCAAGUACAGCCUUCCAAAUCAAUCCAGCCGUGCAGCCCAGGGCCUUUGCAGUAAUGGGAUACUUGGCCCGUGAAGAAGUAGAUGAUGACUUACUUUACCAAGUUCUUGUCGCUCUACGCAACAGCAUUGGCCAGUUUGGUGAAGAUGGGAAUAGCGAAAUGCUGGUUUCUAUCGUUACCUCGCUGUCUAAAAUGAUGAUAAAACUACCCUCUUCAUCUCGCUACGGCCUUCAGCUGUUCUGGUUGGCCAUUUCUCUUGUUCGACUUGUGCCCAUUGGCCUCUUCAACUGCACAGCUCAGUUUCUUGAAGCUGUCUUGACCAAUAUUGGUGCUAUGAACGGUGCUACAUGUGAAAAGAUAGUGUCACUUCUACUACAAAGCCGCGCCCAGCUUGAGGAGGCAGCGCUGCCGCUUGACGAUGCAUAUGGAAUCCACUUCGAUUUCGAGAACUUUCAUUUUGCGGUUUGUGCUUGCCUUGUCCGCGGACUCACCGACACGUCAACACGCCCGGCAGCAAUGCGCGUCCUUUCUUCGUUCUUCGAAAUUGUCAAUUCCACACCAACGCCCCGAGCACCCAAGGAUGAUCCUACGACAGAUUCACUGCCUUAUCUUGCCCUUAUUUCGGCAAGGGGCGUGUUGCAUGAAGACUAUAGAGACGGCCUUUGGAUAGCUGGGAUCAACGCAGAAGGCGUCGGUGAUACAACUGCCUUUAACAGCCGCCUGAAGAUGGAGAGUGUAAGAGAUGAAGAUUUACUGCUCAUCUCUGCUAUUGAAUUAGUUGACUUUCAGUAUCUUGAGGAGCGAGUUCAAGUCCGGAGCUUGCAAUGGCUUAACGAUAUAGCUUUGCAGCGACCUUUGGUGUUUGAACAGUUAUGUGGUGCAUUACCACCGUUGAUUGAGGAUGUACUAUUGCAUAGCCAGGAUAGUAGUGCUCUUAAGGCUGCGAAUACCUUACUGCGAACAAUAUCAUCGAAGAUAAGUUUCCAGGACAAGAUGGCCUCCACGGAUAUACUGAUAGAUAAACUGCAUAAUAUGGGGUUUGCAGGAUUAUCACGAUUCUCUUCCCAGGAUCUAAGGGAAGAUAUUCGACAAGCAUGUUUUAAUUUAACCGAGAGGUUAAUUGAGUUAAUAAUUAUAUAAUUGUUUAUAUAUUAGUAAAUAAAAAUAUUAAAUUAUUUUUAUAUUUA